AAUAAUUUUUUGUCAAAGUCGGAUUGUGAAGAAACAUGUCCGAUAUUAGAGAACCCAUGUGAGAAUGGUCUUCCGGCAACGGGUCCAGAAGGUAAUCCGGUACUGUGUGGAGGUGAUACGACAACAAUAUGCGGCAUCGGUUACUAUUGUCAUAUUGGUGCAACAUCCUCGACAACUGUUUGUUGUCCUGCAAUUGGUGAUCCUUGUCGCAUGCCGGUAUCCAGCGGAGACGGAAAUGCAGUCCUGAAUCGUUGGUAUUACAAUACACAAUCACAAAUUUGUGUAAACUUUGUUUAUAGUGGUCAAGGUGGUAAUUCAAAUAAUUUCCGGACACGUGAAGACUGCAUUAAAGCAUGUCCGGAAUUUAGAAAUCCUUGCUCCGUUGGACGUCCACACAUUGGUCUGAAUGGACAAAUCACUCAUUGUGGUGCCACUGGGCCAUUGAUAUGUCCAACAACUUAUUGGUGUCAUAUUGGUGCAUCAUUGGAGAAUUCGGUUUGCUGUCCUACUACCGGGAUACCAUGUGAACAAGAACUCGACAUAGGAAACGGUGACGCAAUUUUGGUACGAUUCUAUUACGAUUCGACAACACGUACCUGUCAACAAUUUCAGUAUUCUGGUUUCGGAGGAAACGAGAAUAACUUUUUAACGUUACGAGAUUGUGAGGCACGUUGUCCAGUAUUACCAAAUCCAUGUGGACUCGGACGACCACAAACGGAUGAACUCCAGAAUCCGGUUAUGUGCAGCGCUGCUGAUACUAGGCCGGUUACUUUUCAAGAAUUAUCAUCUUACAUUAUUCUCAUUACCAAUAAUAAUUUUUGUAGUGUUUGCAAAACGGGUUAUUUCUGUCAUAUUGGUGAGACGGAAGAGACAACGGUUUGUUGUCCGGGAAAAUCCGAUGACAUCUGUAAUGAACCCCGCGUACCGGGAACAGGUCAAGCACAUCUGAACCGUUAUGCAUUUGCACCAUUGACCAAACAAUGCUUACCAUUUAUUUACACCGGUUUGCGUGGAAAUGAGAAUAAUUUUUUGUCACGAGCAAGCUGUGAAGCUACAUGUCCUGGCGGUGAACCAGCAGCCGGAGGGGAUGGACAAUAUUUAAUUUGUUCAACUAGUGGGCCUGAUAUUUGUCCUGUUGGAUAUUGGUGUCAUGUAGGUGCUGAUAUCGCUGCCUCCUUGUGUUGUCCUGGCGCUCAAAAUGCAUGUAUUUUACCACUUGCGGAAGGUAGCGGAAGCGCAACAAUUCCACGUUGGUACUUUGAUCGUCGUUUACGUCAAUGUGCAACAUUUACCUAUACCGGAUAUGGUGGUAAUCAAAACAAUUUUCAAACAUUAAAAGAAUGCCAGGAGAAAUGUCCCGAAUUAGCGAAUCCAUGUUCGAUGGGUGAUCCAGCUGAAUCCUCAGAUGGCAAUAUUUUGCAAUGUAGUGCAUUGCAUCCUCAUUGUCCGAUGUCAUAUUUUUGUAAUAUUGGUGCAACACCUGAAACAUCAGUUUGUUGUCCAUCAUUUGGUCAACCGUGCUUAUCACCAUUAGCCUUAGGAACCGGAACUGCUUCAUUGAACAGAUGGUACUUUGAUCAAACUUCACGACAAUGCCUUCAAUUUAUAUACACGGGUCUUGGUGGCAAUGAAAAUAAUUUUUUAACAGCUGAAACUUGUAUGCAAAAAUGUCCAGUUCUUCGAAACCCAUGUCCAUUAGAUAACAUUACAACAAGUAAUCUGCUACCGUUAAUAAAAUGUAAUGUUCGAAAUGCUUAUUCCUGUCCGUCAACUUAUUGGUGUCAUAUCGGUGGUGAUGCUGAUACUACCGUAUGUUGCCCUGGAGAUUCGGAUCCUUGUCAAUUAUCAUUAUCUCAAGGAAUUAUCAUUAAUAAUGGACCAUAUACUCGUUGGUUUUAUGAUCGCAUUUCUAGUUCUUGCAAGCCAUUCCAGUAUGCUGGCAUAGGUGGUAAUCAAAAUAAUUUCUUGACAAGAAGCGAUUGUGUUAAACGAUGUCCAGAAGGUAAACCUAUUAUUUUGGUAUCGCCAACACAAUCAUCAUCCUUAUCAUUAUCAAAUUUACCGGUAAUUUGCCCGAAGGGAAUACCAUAUGAAGAUGAAAAUAAAAUAAUUCCACAUUGUUCCAUUACCAGACCAUGUCCUGUUAAUUAUUUCUGUCACAUUGGAGCUGAUAUAUCGACAACUGUAUGUUGCAAAGUUACAACAUUUAUGUCACCGUGCAGCAUUCCGGUACAAAUUGGUCACGGAACCGGACAUAUGAAACGUGUAUAUUACAAUGCCGCACUCCGGCAGUGUAUACCAUUUAUUUAUUCUGGAAUGGGUGGAAAUGAAAAUAAUUUUUUAACAAUUCAAGAAUGUACCAUUAAAUGUAUAAAUGACGAAUCAAAUGUUAUUCAAUAUUUUGAUGCCGGUAAGUUUUUGCACAAUUUCCAAACGAACACAUUAAAUCAUAAAAUAGGUGUGAUUGAUUAG